CCUUCUCCUCCCCCGCCCGCCCCCGGGAGCGUGAAUGUAGCGCGCUGGGGGUGAGGAAGGUGUAGAGGCGCGCGCUUGCCGGGGCGUCGCGAGCAGCCUUCCGCCGCUGGCGGGGCGGAUGGAACGUCUGGCUGGACGCUGGAAGGUUGACCCGGGAGGCGCGAGCGGCGGCGGCGGCGGCGUGUUGCUUCAUCCCCAGUCCUGGAAUGGCCAGCUUCUCCCCAGCCAAGAUGUGGAGGAUCAAAGGCUCUUUGGUGAUGGUAUCCUUAUCAGACCCAGACGUUUGAUGCCCACUUCUCCCCAUCCCACAGCCAAAGGCCCUAGUUGGCCCUGUAUCCUGGUUGCUAGAUCCAAGAAUGGACAUUAUAGCCUAUGAUGAUUACUCCAAUCCACCGCUGCAGAGAUAUUGAGAGGAAACCGGAAUACCUUCAACCGGACCAGUGCGUUCCACCUCCCAGCCGCGGUUCCUCGGGAACAAUGUGGUUUAUCCGUGAUGGCUGCGGUAUUGCCUGUGCGGUCGUCACUUGGUUCCUGGUCCUCUAUGCCGACUUUGUGGUCAUUCUCGUAAUGCUGCUUCCCUCCAGAGACUAUAUUUACAGCGUGAUCAACGCCAUAGUUUUCAACACAUUGGCAUUCCUGGCUCUCGCUUCGCACAUGAGAGCUAUGGUAACAGAUCCAGGUGCAGUGCCCAAAGGCAACGCCACAAAAGAGUUCAUAGAAAGUUUGCAGCUGAAGCCGGGGCAAGUAGUUUACAAGUGUCCAAAAUGCUGUAGCAUCAAACCCGACAGAGCACAUCACUGCAGUGUUUGCAAGAGGUGUAUACGGAAAAUGGAUCACCACUGCCCAUGGGUUAACAACUGCGUAGGAGAGAACAACCAGAAGUACUUUGUACUGUUUACAAUGUAUAUAGCACUUAUUUCCCUGCAUGCCCUGAUCAUGGUUGGAUUUCACUUCCUGUAUUGCUUUGAAGAAGACUGGACAAAGUGCAGUUCUUUCUCUCCACCAACGACUGUGAUCCUUCUUAUCCUCUUGUGCUUUGAGGCUCUCCUCUUCCUAAUCUUCACGUCUGUAAUGUUUGGAACGCAGGUACACUCCAUCUGCACUGAUGAAACGGGAAUAGAACAGUUGAAAAAAGAAGAGAGAAGAUGGGCUAAAAAAACAAAAUGGAUGAACAUGAAAGCAGUAUUUGGCCACCCGUUCUCUAUAGUUUGGCUUAGCCCAUUUGCUACUCCCGAUCAAGGAAAAGCAGACCCGUAUCAGUAUGUGGUCUAAGAAUCCAUGAACAGCAUUUCCACUAAAACACAAAACCACAUUUACAGCACUACUGUUAUUCUACAUGAAUGUUUCAAAUGAAUUUUUUUUAAAGAAAAAAAACACGCCUAUUAAAUGGCUGACGAUGGCAGAGAAAAGACAAAAAAAAAGAGCCCUGUAGUCUAAAAACAACUAAAAAGAGAAUUUUUCGGUAAUUCUUUGUCUCUGGUGGCUAAAGCUUUUUUUCUUUUCUUUUUUUAACCUGUUAACUUUAUGGGUCUGUUUUGGUUUCCUGUCUGCUUUCUGUAUGACGUAACUAAUGGAAAAGGGGGUGUGAGUCUGUGCCAACAGUGCCAUCUUGUUACGUAACAAAUUAUGGACUUUGGGGUGGCAGCUGACACUUUCGGUGGGCUGUGGGGUCUCUCCGUGUUGUGAUACUCCCUUCUACCCCCACCCUGUACUUUUUAAGCCUCACUAAGAACCGAAGGAUGGAAAAAACAAAAGUCUGAGCCUGUCAAAGGGUCCGUUAAUAACAAAAUUGCCUAGCUUUUAAUGUCUCAAACAUACUGCCGACAUUACCGUACUUUGGAAAGCUACAGAAAGGAUUCCAUCUCUGCCCCGCCCCCUUUUUUAUUUUUUGGUUCCAUCCUCUCCCUGGUUCCUGGGUUAAACAGCGGAAGGUCUUUGUCGGCGUGUGUGGGUUUCGAUGCCUUAUAAUUGGAGGAGGGAGAAAUCUUUAUUUCAAUGUAUAGAAUAGCAAGAUGGUGUCUGUCCUUGUUUUUCGAAAAUAAGAAUAAACAGUGUUCAUAUGGUAUGUAGGCUUGCCGGUCCAAAUGAAAAACUAAGCACAGAAUGUUUCUGUAGAUGCGUUGUCUUUUUUUAAAAUAAAUAUUGCCACCUUUUUAUAUCUCUGUAAAUGUUUGUUCUCCUUUAUAUUUAUACAUAUUAUAUAUUUUACAUUGGGGAGAUGUCGAGUGUUAAAAGGAUCAUGCAUGCCUUCUGUCAUGGCUUUGUGGACAUACUCUGUAUGUAGUAAGAUCUGGGAAACGGGCACUUGAGUAGAGGGCAUUCUGUAUAAAACAAAAGCCAGUAGAAUAACUAGAUUACAUCCGGAAUGACUUGAGUCUGUAAUAUUUUUAUUUUUAUUUUUUGGUAUUUCAACAGGGAUUUUAUUGUAUAUUUUGGAUCCAAAAAGCUACUGAUUAGAGCCAUCACAGUAAAACUGCAAAUAAGCUAUGCUCCUGAAUUAAUUCUUUUGACUGAAUCAAAGCCGGGGUGGGAAUCAGUGAAGGAGGCUAAGAUCUGUCUCGUUUCAAAAAACUAUGUAAAUGCUGCAUCUUUUCAAUUCUGUCAAUGCUUCCAUAUGGGAAACAAAUGCAAUAAACCUUUUCUGAACACUG